AUGGGCUUCCUAGUUAUGGCAAACUUAGAGCCAGGAACUAUUAGUGAUGCUCCCCCAGAAUUAGGAGGUGAGUACCAAGUGUUCUUGAGUUUUCGAGGACCAGACACUCGUCAUGGAUUCACAGACUUUCUCUAUCAUGGUUUGCAUGAUGCGGGAGUCCGCGUAUUCAGGGAUGAUGAGGAACUCCGCGUUGGUGAAGUGAUUGGUAAGAACCUUCUAAGUGCUAUCGACAACUCCACACUCUUCAUACCCAUCUUCUCUCCAACUUAUGCUUCCAGUAAAUGGUGCCUUCGUGAGCUUGCUCACAUAAUAUUCACUGUGUCCAAGUCAGAGGUUCAUAAAAGUAUCCUUCCCAUUUUUUUUCAUGUGAAAGCUGAGGAUGUUAAACUUAAAACUCCACUAUAUAGCCAUGCUUUAGAGAAACAUAAGGAGGAGUUUCCCGACGAAGUCGAGGCGUGGAGAGCAGCUCUUGUAGAGGUAGGCAAAAUUAAGGGAUGGAACGUGAAAAAGGACCAAGGCCAAGCAAUGACUGUCAAAACGGUUGUUAAAGAGGUUUUGCAGAAGCAGGAGAUAAAACAAAAAUCAGUGACUGAACAUUUAGUUGGAGUUGAUGACAGGAUUAAUAACUUGAUAGAGUCAUUAAAUGUCAACCAUCCUGAUGUGCAGUUCAUUGGAAUUUACGGAAUGGGUGGCAUCGGUAAAACAACAGUUGCCAAGGUCAUCUUCAAUCAACUAUCUUCCCACUUUGGAAAGUGUUGCAGCUUCCUUGAGGAUGUUCGAGAAAGUUCGUCGACCAAGGAGGGCAUAGUCCAGCUGCAAAAAAAGUUACUAUGUGAUAUUGUUGGUUCUGGAUCUGCAGAAAAAGUCAUUAAUAGUGAUCACGGAAUGAGGAUGAUUGGAAAAAUACUCCGCACUAAGAAGGUCCUUGUGGUUCUGGAUGAUGUUGAUAAUAAAGAGCUCAUUAGGAAACUAUUAGGCAAUGAUAUAUUACAUUCAGGAUCUAGGAUAAUCAUUACAACGAGAAUUACAACUGUUCUGGAAGUUAAGGGAUUUGAAGUAAAACGGUACGAGAUGCAAAAGAUGGAUGAUGAUUCUGCACAUCAGCUUUUUUGUCGGCACUCCUUUGGUAGAGACUCUCCUUCGAAUAAUUAUCAUGGGCUUUCAAAGGAAAUUGUCUCAAGUAUGGGAGGGCUUCCUUUGGCUAUUGAAGUAGUAGGUUCGUUACUUUAUCACAAAGAAAAAGCAUUUUGGGAAGAGACAUUGCUCAAGUUAAGGAGAGUACAUGAGAAAGAGAUUUUAAAGAAGUUGAGGAUUAGCUAUGAUGACCUAAGCAAAGAUCAACAGGAGAUUUUUCUCGAUAUAGCAUGCUUCUUUGUCAAUGAGAAGAAGACUGAUGCAAUUUACGUGUGGACCCAUCCUGAAAGUUAUCCUGUCACAGGAAUUGAUAUGCUUACCAAUAGGUGCUUGAUAAAGAUAUUAGACAAUGGUAAGUUCUGGAUGCAUGAUCAACUCAUAAAGCUGGGAAGGCAAAUUGUCUGUGAAGAAAGUCCAAAUGACCUUGGAAAGCAAAGUAGGUUGUGGAUUGCAAAAGAGGCUCUUGAAAUCAUAAGAACCAAGGAGAGGAAGGACAAGGUUCGAGCGCUUGAGAUAGAUGGAUUGGGUGACUCCAUAACGAUCACAAAGAAAGAGUUUGAAAGGUUACAUAACCUAAGAUUCCUAAAGUUAGGUAAUGGGACGUUUGCUGGGGACCUUGCAAAGUGUCGUUCAAAGUUGAGAUGGAUUUCUUUGCAUUCUCCUCAUAAGAAUUUUAGGGCGGACAAUAUGUCAUUGGAUCAUCUUCUUGUUUUCAAACUUGAAAGCAAUGGCUUCACGGAUGAUGCAAAGGCAUGGGAGUUGAUCAAGAGUGCACGGAAUUUGAAAGUUCUAUCUCUUACUCGAUGUAAUGGCAUUACGACAAUCCCGGACAUAUCUAAAUGCUUGGGUUUAGAGAGGUUGACUCUUGCAUUCUGCAAAAAGCUACGGAGAAUUGAAAACUUCAUAGGAGAACUAAAUUUGUUGAUUGAGUUAGAGAUUAAAAGCUGCAUCCAUCUUAUAGAUUUGCCUAAAGAAGUGGAGGCACUAGUGAAGCUUGAGCGCUUCUCAUUGUUGGGAUGUUCUGAGUUGAAAAAACUUCCGGUCUCACUUGGGUCUUUAACCUCAUUGAUAGAGUUAGACUUAUCAGACACAAGGAUAAGGGAACUUCCCAACUCCAUUGGAAAGUUGGAAUCACUACGCGUAUUGCGUUUACCAAAAUCAUCUCCGGAGAAUCAUGUUUGGCAGUUACCUAAUAGCAUCAGCAUGUUGAAAAAUCUUGUAGAGCUGGAUCUCUCUGGGCGUGAUCAAAUGAAAGGUGAAAUUCCUGCUGGAAUUGGAGAAUUGUCAUAUUUAAGAACCCUAAAUUUGAAGGGCACCCUUAUUUGCGGAAUUCCAGGGACUGUCAACAAGCUUCAACACCUUCAAACACUCAACUUAAGAGAUUGUCAUAAGGUUCAAGAGUUGCCGGAGCUUCCCACAAGCUUAACAUGUCUGCUUUUUCAAUCUGAAUCAUUGCUCUCGGUCCCUAAUCUGUCGAACCUUACAAAUUUGGUUGAACUGCUACUAGGUGAUGGCUCUCGUAAUACUAGCAAAUCAAACCUAAGCAAAGGAUCGGGUGAUGGCUCUCGCAACUUACGGUGGAUUGGGAGGUUAUCUAGACUGAAAAAGUUGGAGUUAAAUCUGCUUGACGUCCCCGCACCUCCAGAGUUGGCUGACGUUUCUCAUCUGGAAGAGCUAAUUUUGUCUCGCCUAGACCUAGGUAAGUUGCAGCUUCCGUCCUCUCUGCGGAGAUUGAAAUUACUAUUCUUUAGGAUUAGGUGGGCGGAGGAACUUCCCUCCUACUUGAGAUUGAGAAAUUUGUCGACUUUACAGCUCUCUAAUGGUGAAGUGGAAGACAUCCCACUCGGUGGACUUCCACAAUUGGAGAACUUAAUUGUUAACCACUGUAAACUGCUUAAGAGAUUGUCCUUUCCUUCAGGAUUAGAUAAGCUCCGGCAAGCGCGCGUGUCACAUUGUCGAGGGCUAGUUGAGAUACAAGUUUUGGAACUGUCGAAAUCAUUGGAAUCCUUCACCGUUUUUAUGUGCAAAUCUCUGACAAAAAUAGAUGGGUUAUCAAACUUAAAGAACCUGGAGAAGUUGCAAAUCGAAAGGUGUGGGGCACUCACUAAUGUUGAGGGCCUCGACAAGCUCGAGUCUCUGAAAUUCUUGCAGGUCAUAAACUGCCCGUCUUUGAAAAAAUUGAUUGAUGCAUCUGGCAUGAAUAUGCCAGAUGAUUGCCUUGUCCAAAUACAGCGUUGUGGAGACUUUAUCAAAGAUUCUAGACCGAGCUACGGCUACCAAUCAGGAAUCUCUUUGAAGUGUUACAGAAAGGACAGUCAUGAACCUCCAUCAAAGCUUAGAACCAGGAAAAACAGGACGCGAUCUGCUUCCAAGUCAAGAAAGGUGCGACAUCUUCAUCAAUUAUAG